CGUCCCGGUCCCCGUCACCGCUGGGUAGCUGGAGCUGUAACAGGCGACGCCGCGAGGGGAGCCCGAGCUGCGGCGCCGCUGAGAGGGGCGGCCGCCGCCGCCGCCGCCAGCGCUCCCGUCUUGUCUCCUCCCCCCAAAUAUGGCAGCGGCAGGCGGCGGCGGCGGCGGCGGGCCGGCCGAAGGCGGCGGGAGCGCUCGCCGCACCGUGUUCCUGUUCGACCGGCGCAAGGAGCAGUCGGAGGUCGGGGAGCGCGCGCUGCACUUGGACGAGGGCACCGGCUUCUCGAGCUUCCGCGGCGCCGUCUGUCAGGCACUUGGAAUUUCAUCUGGAGAGAAGUUUGUAAUUACAACAACGAAUAGAAAAGAAAUUACUGAUGAUAACUUCAAUGAAAAUGUUCAAGAUGGGGUCACUCUGUAUUUACUUCAGUCAGUCAAUCAAUUACUGCUUUCUGCAACAAAGGAACGAAUUGACUUCCUACCGCACUAUGACACAUUGGUUAAAAGUGGCAUGUAUGAAUAUUAUGCUAGUGAAGGACAAAAUCCUUUACCAUUUGCCCUUGCAGAAUUGAUUGACAACUCACUCUCCGCUACUUCACGUAAUACUGGUAUUCGAAGUAUUCACAUCAAAUUGCUUUUCGAUGAAUCACAAGGAAAACCUGCAGUUGCAGUGAUUGAUAAUGGAAGAGGAAUGACCUCUAAGCAGCUUAACAACUGGGCUGUAUAUAGGUUGUCAAAGUUUACAAGAAAAGGUGACUUUGAAAGUGAUCACUCAGGAUAUGUCCGUCCGUUACCAGUGCCUCGUAGUUUAAACAGUGAUAUUUCAUAUUUUGGUGUUGGGGGCAAGCAAGCUGUUUUCUUUGUUGGACAAUCAGCCAGAAUGAUUAGCAAACCUUCAGAUUCUCAAGAUGUUCAUGAGCUUGUACUUUCUAAAGAGGAUUUUGAAAAGAAGGAGAAAAAUAAAGAAGCAAUAUAUAGUGGAUAUAUUAGAAACCGGAAGCCAUCAGACUCUGCUCACAUCACAAAUGAUGAUGAAAGGUUUCUACACAAUCUUAUUCUUGAGGAGAGAGAAAAAGAUAGCUUUACUGCAGUGGUUAUUACAGGAGUGCAAACAGAUCACGUACAGUACUUGAAAAAUUAUUUUCAUCUUUGGACAAGACAAUUAGCACACAUUUAUCAUUACUAUAUUCAUGGACCAAAAGGAAAUGAAACAAAUGCUGCAACAAAAGAAGUUGGACCAUUCAACAACAUUGAUAUGGAAAUUUCUAUGUUUGAAAAAGGGAAGGUACCUAAGAUUAUCAACCUUAGAGAGAUCAAAGAUGACAUGCAGACUUUAUAUAUAAAUACGGCAGCAGAUAGUUUUGAGUUCAAGUCCCACGUAGAAGGAGAAGGUGUGGUUGAAGGAAUCAUUCGCUAUCAUCCUUUCUUAUAUGAUAAAGAGACUUAUCCUGAUGAUCCAUGUUUUCCAUCAAAAUUGAAAGAUGAUGAUGACGACGACGACUGUUUUAUAGUAGAAAAAGGAGCAAGAGGGAAAAGACCCAUUUUUGAAUGUUUUUGGAAUGGAAGAUUAAUACCAUACACAACUGUAGAAGACUUUGACUGGUGUGCUCCUCCUAAGAAGCGAGGCCUUGCACCAAUUGAAUGCUACAAUAGAAUUUCUGGUGCAUUAUUCACUAAUGAUAAAUUUCAGGUCAGCACAAAUAAACUGACUUUUAUGGAUCUGGAACUAAAGCUGAAAGAUAAGAACACUCUUUUUACAAGGAUUUUUAAUGGACAGGAACAGAGAAUGAAAAUUGACAGAGAAUUUGCUUUGUGGUUGAAAGACUGUCAUGAGAAGUAUGACAAACAAAUAAAAUUUACACUGUUUAAAGGGUUAAUUACACGGACAGACCUUUCUUCUAAAAGAAUGCAAAGUCCAUGGGCUACAUACUCUGCGAUAGAAUGGGAUGGAAAGACAUACAAGGCGGGACAGUUGGUUAAGACAACCAAGACACUUCCACUCAUUUAUGGAAGCAUAGUAAAAUUUUUUCUUUAUGGUGAUCAUGAUGGAGAUGUAUAUGCUACAGGAGGGGAGGUUCAGAUUGCAAUGGAGCCUCAAGCAUUAUAUGAUGAAAUUAAAACUGUUCCAAUCACAAAGCUCGAUAGGACAGUAGCUGAGAAAACUAUAAAAAAAUAUGUAGAAGAUGAAAUGGCAAGACUUCCAGAUCGUUUAUCUGUAACUUGGCCUGAAGGAGAUGAAUUGUUGCCAAAUGAAGUCAGGCCUGCUGGGACCCCUAUUGGUGCUUUAAGAAUCGAAAUAUUGAAUAAGAAAGGAGAAGCCAUGCAAAAGCUUCCUGGCACAAGUCAUGGAGGGUCAAAGAAACUACUAGUUGAGCUCAAGGUUAUUUUACAUUCUUCAAGUGGGAAUAAAGAAAUAAUUUCACAUAUCAGUCAGCAUGGGGGUAAAUGGCCUUACUGGUUCAAGAAAAUGGAAAACAUUCAAAAACUGGGCAAUUACACAUUAAAACUGCAAGUUGUAUUGAAUGAAAGUAAUGCAGACACUUAUGCAGGCCGGCCAUUGCCAUCAAAAACAUUUAAAUUUUCUGUCAAAGAGGGUAAACCAGAGAAAUUUUCAGUCGGCCUUCUGGAUCCUCCAUUUCGUGUUGGAGUCCCAUUCAAUAUUCCCCUGGAGUUGCAGGAUGAAUUUGGUCAUACUACUCAACUGGUAACUGAUAUUAAGCCAGUUCUUGAAGCAAGUGGCUUGUCCUUACAAUAUGAAGACAUAAGCAAAGGACCAAAUUGUGUAAUUAGAGGCGUUACUGCUAGGGGCCAUGUAAACUCUUAUCAAGGCAAGAACUUUAGUCUGAAGGUCAUUCUGCCAGGUUUAAAAGAAGAAUCUCAGAUUUUGAAAAUUAGAUUACUUCCUGGGCCUCCUCAUCAGUUGAAAGUGAAACCAGAUUCUGAUUUUCUCGUCAUUGAAAAUGGAACAGCUUUCCCAUUUCAGGUAGAAGUUUUAGAUGAAUCAGGAAAUAUCACAGCACAACCCAAAUUGAUUGUUCAUUGUAAGUUUUUAGGUGCUCCAAACCUUCCUGUCUACAGUGUAGAUUGUAGUAAUGCUGGAACUAGUAUUUUAACUGGACCUCCAUUUCAUGUACAGAAUAUAAAGAAAGACCACAUUCUUAAAGCAAGGAUUGAAAUACCAAGUUGUAAAGAUGUGCCAGCAGUAGAGAAGACUAUUAGAUUGCUUCCCAGUAGCCAUGUUGCAAAACUGCAGAUAUUCAGUGUAGAAGGACAGAAGGCCAUUCAGAUCAAACACCAGGAUGAGAUUAACUGGAUAGCUGGAGAUGUCAUGCAUAACCUCAUCUUUCAAAUGUAUGAUGAAGGAGAAAGAGAAAUUAUUAUAACAUCUGCUUUAGCUGAGAAAAUUAAGGUUAAUUGGACACCUGAGAUUAAUAAGGAACACUUGCUGCAGGGUUUGCUACCUGAUGUACAAGUACCAGCAUCUGUGAAAGAUAUGAGAUAUUGCCAAGUUUCAUUCCAAGAUGAUCAUGUGUCAUUGGAGAGUGCAUUUACUGUAAGACCACUGCCUGAUGAACCAAAACAACUUAAAUGCAAGUUAAAAGGAGGAAAAACAAUACAAAUGGGUCAGGAGCUCCAAGGAGAAAUAGAGGUAAUAAUUACAGAUCAGUAUGGAAAUCAGAUACAAACAUUUACAUCAAGUUGUUUAACUUCUUUGGGAAUUUCUGGAAACGGACUUGAUAAAUCCAAUUUGAAAAUUACUUGGCAGGACAGCACACAGACUAUAAUUAUAAAAGGCAUAAAAUUUAGCCCAGGUCCUCCUGGAAACAAGGAGCUCUGCUUUGCAUGGCGUGAGUUUUCCGACUUUCUCCGGGUACAACUAAUUUCAGGGCCACCAGCUAAACUUCUCCUGCUAAACUGGCCAGAAUUAACAGAGCCUAUUCCAGUGAUAAAUGGAAAAGAAUUACCAAACCCCCUUACAGUUCAGCUUUGUGAUCAGUGGGAAAACCCUUCCCCUGUACCACUAGUUAAAAUAAGUCUUGUGAAAGCAGCCAUCUUAAAACUCAGCCCUUCAAAUCAACAGCAUAAAACUGAUGAAAAUGGCAGGGCUAAUUUGGGAGUUUUUAGUGUUUCUGCUCCUAGGGGAGAACAUACUAUACAAGUUAAAGCUACCUACAACAAGAAUUCCCUAGAAGGACCUAUAAUUAGGCUAAUGGUUCUUCCAGACCCUGAAAAACCAGUGCGUCUGAAUGUUAAAUAUGAUAAAGAUGUUUCUUUUUCAGCAGGGGAUAUUUUUACUGAUUUCAUUGUUAGUGUUAUUUCUGAAGAUGAGAGUAUCAUUAAGAAUAUUAAUCCCACGCGGAUUUCAAUGAAAAUGUGGAAACUCUCAGGAAGUGGAAACCGUCAACCAGCCAAUGUAGAAACAUUUAAUUGUAGUAAAAUAAAGGAUAAUGACAAGGAAGAGGGCUUCUUUUAUUUCAGGGAUAAAGUGAUUCCAAACAAAGUGGGCAGUUACUGCAUCCAGUUUGCCUUUAUGGUCGACAAAUCUACUGUUCUCAACAGUGACCAGAUUGUAGUUGAUGUCAUACCUAAUGAGCCAGUCAAGUUAGUUCCUGAAUGUCUACCAUCCACCCCAGCUGUUUCUAAUGUUCCACCUAUUGCCAAUAGGACCUUAGUCAAAGACCUGUGUCUCAACAUCGUGGAUGAACACAAUAAUCGCACUGGGAUUAAUUUGGUUGGCAAGAUAAUUGCUAAAAUUAAAAGUUCUAAUGAAGAAGAUACUGAGAUUCCACUUUUUAAUGGGAAAACUGGAAUGGUUGAAUUUCCAUUUAUCAACGGAUCAGCUGAAAUCAAGGACCUAGUGCUGGCAGAAAAUAGUCCUGGAAAGGACAGUACUGAGUAUUUUAUUGUAUUUGAACCCCAACUACCAUCUUUAUCAAGAACAUUGGAACCUUACAGUCUACCAUUUAUGUUUUACAAUGACUUUAGGAAGCAGCAGCAGAUGGCAGCACUUACCAAAGAGAGAGACCAGCUAUCUCAGUCUAUUGUUCUGUACCGAAAUUUAUUUGAUGCCAGCCAUCAGCUUGUUAAUGAAAUGAAAUGCCAAGCCCAAGAAGCAGGGUCAAAAGAAGUCCAUUUGAGGAAUGAGCUAAAAAAACAGCAUAUAAACAUUCCAACAACACAACAGGUGUCUCACAUUGAUAUGCUUCUGAAACAAAAGUUAUCAGAACAAGAGGGACUUAAGAAGCAACCCAGGAGAUCAUGUACUCUUCCAAACUACCCUAAAGGCAAUCCAGACAUUUUGGGAAAGAUUGCACACUUGGCACAGAUUGAAGAUGAUGAAGCUGCAAAGGUUAUUUCUUGGCACUUGGCAAGUGAUAUGGACUGUGUGGUCACUCUAACUACUGAUGCUGCUCGUAGAAUCUUUGAUGAAACUCAAGGUCGCCAACAGGUGUUGCCACUUGAUUCCAUUUAUAAGAAGACUCUUCCAGAUUGGAACAGGCCUCUUCCUCAUUUACGAAAUGGAAAAAAUUAUUUCAAACCUAUUGGUAAUCCAGUAUUUGCCAGAGAUUUGUUAACAUUUCCAGACAAUACAGAUCAUUGUCAAACAGUGUUUGGGAUGCUAUUAGGAGAUACCAUCAUUUUGGACAAUUUGGAUGCUGCCAACCAUUAUAGAAAAGAGGUUGUUAAAAUCACCCAUUGUCCUACUUUGCUAACGAGAGAAGGUGAUCGAAUUCGAAGUAAUGGAAAAUUUGGAGGCCUACAAAAUAAAGCUCCUCCAAUGGACAAACUUCGAGGAAUGGUAUUUGGCGCCCCACUGCCGAGACUAUAUCAGACCCUGGGUGGGCACAUAGAUCUUCUUCAGCAAUAUCGUUCAGCUGUGUGCAAGCUCAGUAGUGUGACUAAGGAACUUAAUGUUCAAAUAGACUAUCUUAACACUCCGGAUAUGCAGAAGAAAAAGCAAGAACUUAGUGAACAGGAGAAAAAUCUGGAACGAAUAGAACAAAAACUUGGUAUGACUCCAACAGGUAAAUGUGAAUUAGUCCGUCAAGCAGCUAAACUCAAUAUGUCAGAUAGCCCAAUUCCUCCUAAAAGAAUGAGACGGGAAACAACAAAAAAACUAAAUAGGCUCAUAACCAAAUCAGAUGUGUGAAAGUUGACAGAGGGGCUGUUGGUCUCACUAAGAAUGCACUCACUUCUGCAGCUCUGCUUCAGGAGACCAAGAGGGUGACUUACCAGACUGAAUAUUUCUGGGGACAAUACAAGUACCAAGGACAUGAAUUUCCAUGUCUGUCCAGAUGGGGCUGGAAGCAUCCAUUCAAAAGAGGGAAUCUCGUUGGACAAUAUGGUCUUACUGGAAGUAUCCCAGUCAUUUUAUUGCUCAUUUGUGAUAUAUUGCAAAUGUGUCAAAGGAGAAUGUUAGUUCUACACUUUGCAGUUGUGGCAGUGAUUAUAAACCUGACACAAGGCAAUUUUUCAUCCCGAAGAAAAUACAUGCUGAAUUCCAGUAUAAUUGGCAUGGAUGUGUGGAGAGAUGUUUCAUGAUGACAAACUUUUUUUAAAAACUGGACUAGUUUGAACUUAAUGAAAAUGUUUCAGCUAUUGUAAAAUAUAGAAAUUACUCCAGAGAUGAGGUGUUAUAAGCUAUGAGAGGAAACCAUUAAUGCAGAGUUCAGGGUAAGAAUGUAAAUCCGCAGGUGUUUGGGAAUUCAAAUGUUUUGAUGCUUCAAAAAACCACAAAAGUGACCCACAAUGCACAUCCAACAUGGUAGUAUUUUAGAAUCUAGCUGCUUAUCCUAAUGUACAGUUUAUGCAGUGUGCGCAAUUUUUUUUAUAAAGAAUCAUUUGACUUGAUGCUUGUUUUUAUAAACUCUCAGCCUUAAUGCUACAUUAAAAUUGUUUUUGUAAUUUUUUAUUACUCUUUUUAAAAAGGUCAGGGAAAGUAGAAUUCCACAUUCAUGCAAUAAGUUACUGUUAAAAAAAACCCAUUGCUGAAACAUUUGGAAUGUGUUGUCCAGCUAGUGUAUAACAAUAUAUGGAAUUUUUGUCCACAAAAGUAGUUUUCAAGUAAAAUCUCAACUGUUUUGGGUAUUUAUCAGGAGUUAUUUUUGACAUAUUUACACAUCCCAGCAAAUGUGUGGUUUUUGACCUCUCUGAACAUGGAGCAAAAUUAGAAAUAAUUAUGUUUCUUCCCUUUUGAACAGGUACUACUUGUUUUAAAAAGAACAAAAAUUUGAAAUCAUCAACUAAGUCAUUGUGGUUAGAACCAUUGCAACAUGACUUAAUCUAUUUUUGUUUAAGCUAGUAAUAUUAAACAACUUUUACUAUUUAAAGUUAUUUAACUGUUUAACUUAAACUUACACAUUAGUACAGCAAUAAUAGAAGCAUAUUCAGCCUUCGUUAUAGUUUUGUUCCAUCAGAAAAAUAUAAACACUGGAAAGAAAAAUCAAAUUAUUGUUUAUUACCAAGAUAAAUUUUAAAAGCCCUUUCUCUAAAAUCUGAAGGUGGUUGUGUUUCAUGAUUUACCUUGGCAUUAGGUUCUCCUACUCUCUCUCUAUAUAUAUUGCUAUGUACAGAAUCAUAGUACCUAAAACAAGAAAAGCUUUUAAAAUGUGUUUAGAAAUUACCCCAUGGUCAUCUAAAAUUUUGUUUGAUAAGCAUGAAAAGGUAUCUUGUAUCUUCAGUAUGGCGAGUUAAAUAUUGCUGAAAACGUCAGAUUUCAUUGAUAUUUUCAAUACCAAACAAAUCUAAAGCUUUAUUGCAUUUUUUAAAAAAUCAAUGAAAAAUAAUCUCAAUGGUCACCCAAGACUUGAUUGCUAAGAUUUGCCAUCAGGGCAAGAAAAAUCUCGUUCUUUUCCAGUGGUAUUUGCUGGGGGAGAGAGGGAAGAGCAAGAGUGUUUCUGGUUCCUUUUACAUUUAAAUGUAACUGAAAGUCAUAUUGUGUAUAAAUAUUAAAGUACUAUAUACUGUGUUCUCCAUUUGUUAAAAAAAAAAAAAAGAAAUGCUUUUAUUUAUGUUGUACCAGAACCAAUAAUAGAAGUUUGGCAUAAUUAUGGGAAAAUAAGCAGAAGCACCAAGAUUUUAUUUCUUUUAGUUAAAGUCUUAAGUUCUUAUUACAGAAGAAGAAAACUGGCAGAGGUGAAUGCCUAAAAAGACAACAUUCAUACUGCACUUUGAAUAUCCAUCCAGAUUGAUGAAUAUUUAUCAUGAUAUUUUCCCUCAUAAACCUGAUCAUCAGUACAAUAAGGAAAAAAUGGGCCAACAUUUCUUGAAUGUGAAAAUUCUUAGCAAAAUGUGUGGAUUUUGGCAACAAGAAGAAUUGGUGCAUAUUUGCUGCUACCAGCCUUCCAUCACUUCUUUUGCAUAUUAUUCAUGUCAUUUUAGGUAUAUAUUUUUGUGCAGCUUUGCAGUAAAUUUGUACUUGUAAAAUUGAAAUUAUAUUUAUUUAAUUUUCAUUAAAAGAAUUCAGUAUUCUAAAGAAUAUUACCAUCUGUUUAAAAAUUGCUGUACAGGUCGUUAGUAAGAGGGGAAUGUUCGGUUUUUUAAAUUAUGUGGGUUUAUGUUUAUUUACUAGUUAGAUAUUAAUACCCCAAAUAGUAAGAAAUUUCCAUUUUAUACUUUCAGCGCCUUCUUUGUGACCUGGUCAUGCAGUCACCAGGAAACAAAAAAAAGAAAAGAAAAGAAAAAGAAUUAUAUUUUUAGUACAUAAUUUUGAAAAGCUAAUGCUUUAAGUACAGUGUUUGAAAUCUGUGUAGUUUUAUAUCAUCCAAGUGUCAUUAAUGCUUACUUUGUGGAUGUGAUAGUUGUACUCCAAAUACAUCACUUGUUAAAUAUUUUCGUGUAAAAAAGAAAAAUCUUCAUUACAUAUAUAAAUGUUUAUAAAGAUUGCCUAUAGCUAUGAAGUACUUGUUUUUGUAAGUUUUUCUUGUGCUUUGUCCUUUUGACACCCCCCAAAAGUUGUUGAAACUUACAUAUACAUGGAUACAGUGAAAGGGAAACAGGUUGCCUAAGCUUAUUGAGAAAGCAACAAAUGAAAAAAAAUCAGGUUUUUAUCUUAACAAUUUUUUUAUGAUGGAUCAUUUUAUAGUUUCUUUUUAAACUGCAUUAAAAUUCAAAAGGAGUGUUAUUAAAAAUAACUAUAUAACUUUUGGAAACAAACCAAAUGUGCAUACUUUUGAAAGAAGAAAAGUUUUCAAGGUGGCAAGCUCAAGACACUAUUCCAAUGUUAGAAACAAUUGGUCCUUGGAAAUGCCAUCAAAAUUAAAGUCUUCAUCCUCCUAUCAGCAUCUUAACAAUUUUGGCUUUAGAUAAUAAAGGGUAAUAAUCAACCUAUAGUUAGCAAGACAUUCCAUACAGUUUUUGUCACAAUCUCAAAUUUUCAUAAAAUUAAUAAAUACCACAAUACUCCUGCCAACCUGAUUUUCUACAAGGAAAUUUUUAGUUAUAUAUUCCGGUCCUUACUAUCUGCCCUUCCUCUACAUCAGAGGUGUCAGAUUCAUGGCCCAUUGCAUGUAAAAACUUGUGAGGUGGGGAAGGGAGAAGACUAGUAUCAGAAUUUUGGGGAAAUAUUUAAUAAAUGAAAGAUACAGCACAACAUAAAUAAUAUGUGGUUUUCUAAGUCAAUAUGUUACCCAUGGGAUUCCUUCCUGUUUGAGAUUGUCACCACUGCUUUAUGCAUUAUAGACCUCUCAACACUGUUACCUUACCUGAUAACUUAAGAACGUCAGUGUUUUACCCUCUGCCCUGUAGUUGAACUCUUAUUUUAUGUGUUCUUACCCCCAGUUAGAGUGUGAGCCCUUUGAGAGCAGAGGCUGUCACCUUUUCUCUCUAUAUCCCCAAUACUUAGUACAGUGCAUGGCACAUAAUAUGGUAAGCGCUUAACACAUGCUUAUUCGUUCAUUUAAUAAACACAUUGCAUUAAUGUUAAAUGUAGUGGAAUAAGUUUGCCUCCAGAAGAUACAACUUUACAAUACUGUACUUGGAGGCAAACUUACUCCAUCUUCUAGCUCCUUAAACUGAAAUCCCUCCUGCUUGCCCUAGGGAGCUUUUCUGGUCUCUGACCAUUAGAAUGCAAAAGUAUUUAAUUUGAACCUUCUAUUAAUAGGAUUUACCACCAUCAUUGAUCUUUCUCCCCUGACAUUCCAGUCUUGCUAUCAGGCAAGCUUAAACAUUCAUUUGGGCUCUUGAAAAAGGUCAAAUUGAGUUUUACUUUGGAUAUUUGUAGAUACACCAGUAUAGAAAGUAGUGACCAGUGAACCUGUUUGACUUCAUACGGUGUUCAGUACAUGUAAAUGAAAAAUCAAAUUGUAACUGAAACAGUAAAACUGAUUAGAAUGUGUGCUUAGCAAGAACAGCAACUGAUGUAGAAUAUUCUGUUGUGUUGGUCUAGAGUCAAUUGUAAUAUUUUAGAACUGGAAGGGUUAUCUUAUUACCCUUCAUUUUUAAAAGAUAAAUUUCUGUGCUGGAAUUGCUAAAAUUAACAGAUUGCUCAGUGAUAAAUUUCUUUUUCCUGUUUUCAGAUGUAUUGUGGAAUUGUCUUUUAAUUUGUAAAAUGUAAGGUAUAUAUUUCCUCUUCUAGUAGUUCCAAAGAAUGGAUUGCAUCUCCCAAGAAAAAGCAGAAAAUUCAGAUACAAACCCUUUGACCAGAAUUUAUUGAAAACUCAUAGAAGAGAAAGCAUAAAGAUACCAAUUAAAUUGGUUUAAAAACAUCUUUGUAUUGACUUAUGUGAAUAUAUUAAAUAUUCAUGUUAUUAGUUGCCUAAAGAUUUUUGUACUGAGAAAUUUUUUGUUGUUGGUAAUAACUACUUUUGGGGAGAAGUUUUUAAGUAGGAUUGCCUAAGUUUGUAUAGUUUUCAUUUCUGAAAAGUUGAGACAUCUUGGGGGUUUGAAUGUGGAGUAAAGCUUCAAUCUACUCUUUAUUUAUGAAAUAUAAAAAACUUUUCAAUAAAUGACAGCGCAAACAUAGUUAUUUAAAUUUCUCAAUAUGAACUGAAUCUUUCUUUAAAAUGUCUUAAUCCCCCUCAUUUUACAAAUGAAGAAACUGAGAAUUAGUAAGGCUAGAUCAUUUGCUCAAGAUCACACAAACAGUGCAGUCACUAGUAUUCUGGAGCCAGAAUUCAAAUAUAGGGUGCCAAGUCACAGAACUUUAGAAUUGGAAAGGACUUCAGAGACCAAGUCCAACGUAUAGCUGUAAAGAAAGCCUCACUUCAAUGUGCCUGACAAAUGGUCGUCGAAUCCUUACUGGAAGAUCUUCAGUAUCUAACUCCUAAGACAAUCAGUUUCACGUGUGAUUGGUUAGAAGUUUUUUCCUGAAACGAAGUCUGAACUUGCCUCUUUUCAGGUUCAGCAUAUUGCUACUAGUUCUGCCUUCUGGGUCCAAACUGAAACAGUCUUAAAUCAUUUUCCACAUGAUAGUCCUUCAAAUGCUUGAAGACAACUAUUAUGUCUUAUCUUCUCUGGGCUAAACAUCCCUAAUUUCAGAAACUGAUUCUUAUAACAUGAGCUCAAGGCCUUUCUCCAUCCUUGUUUCUCUCUGGUUAUUGUCCAUUUUACUACCUGUGUCUCUCCAGAAUACAGAUGGUAAGUAGUAAAGUCAGAAUUUUAGGUUACAGAGUCACAAAAUUUUAAGUUCGAAGGGACCAUAAUGACCAUCUAAUCCAGCCUAUUCUAAAAGUCCUCACUGACAGCUACGCAGUAGCCAGACAGGAACCAGCUGCCUAUCACUUACAUACUGGUUACUGUUCUUAGUCCAAAGACUUCUUGGAGCCUCUCUACACAGGAGUACAUAAUGUACUCAACAUUAGAAGGAAUCUUUAAGGCAAACCUUAGCUGACUAAUGAGGUUGGAUAUUUCAACUACAGCUCAUUCCUCUAUAACCAGCAAGGCCCUAGGAUUUAGCUUUGAUUAUCAUGCAGGACCAGGGAAUCACCAUUUGCCCUGCAUAAAACCUUAUAUUCCACCUUGUUCAGUGAAUGAUGGUCAAAUCUGCAGCAUCAUUGCUACCAUGAAGUGUGGGACAGUCAUUUGCUCUAUGGUUCUAUUUGGAAUCUUAAUCUUUUCAAAGUUACAGACUGAAACUCCUCCCUGGUUUUCAUUGUUUCCUCAUCCCUGUCUACCUCAGACUGACUUCUCCCAAGCCCUCUGCUGUGCUUUCUAAUGUACCCUCUGGAACCAUUGUUUCAUUCUUUUUUUUUUUUUUUAGUGAGGCAAUUGGGGUUAAGUGACUUGCCCAAGGUCACACAGUUAGUAAGUGUUAAGUGUCUGAGGCCGGAUUUGAACUCAGGUACUCCUGACUCCAGGGCCAGUGCUCUAUCCACUGCGCCACCUAGCUGCCCCCAUUGUUUCAUUCUUAACAAGCUUCCGUUUAUCUUACACUUUUUCCUCUCUCAUUGCACCCUCAGAAACGUGACCUACUUUCUCUUUUUCUUCUCUCCAUCCCCCUUGAAACACUCUUCAGAAGAUGUCAUGUACCUAACCAUUUGUCUAGCGUGCAAUUUAACUUUCAUCUUCCCCAACACAGUGAUCCAGGAGGAGGAAUAUACAUUUUCUCUGCUCCUCACCACUUUCAAAUCUCACUAAGCAAUCCAUCAUCCUUUGAAGGCCCCUGUAUCCACAUAUUACCCUAUACAUGGAUAACUUAUACCCUAUUCCAUGGAUAACUAUGGAUCCACAAGGUCAUUCCUCUUCUCCCCUCCCCCCAUCUGUUUUUUUUUUUUUUUAAGGAAUUCAAUGUUUGGUUCAUAGUUUCACUUCCCAACCUCUUCCCCUAUCCUUUCAAAUACCCCUUCUUUCCAAUUCAUAGACCUCUUCAAAAUCCAUGAUCUGCAUCUUCAUAGCUGCUGGUAAAGAUAGUCACCUUUAAGUGUACUAAUUGUGUUAUCCAUAACUCUGGUAUUCUUCUGACUAUAACUUCCCUAUCCUUCCUUUUGUUUCUCCUUGUUCUUCAUUCCGUCUCUCCCUGCUUUGUGAUACCAUCCCUUCUACUGUUAUCUCACUUUUCUCCUUCAAAACUUUGAAUUUACAGUUAACUAGUUCAGCUUACAUUGCGUUCUACCCUUGAAUUCCUUGCCCCAUUUUCUAUCAUUGCUCAUCCUUAUCCAAACCCUUCUACUGUAUCUGCCUUCUUUAUUCCUACCCAUUUCAGCUGAAUUCUGGUGGAGAAAUUGGCCCUCACUGCUAAAUGCCCAUCUUUUUCUAAAUAGACUAAAAUUCUCUCUUCCCAAACCAAUUAUACUGCCCCAACCUCUACAUCUCAAUAAAGGGCCUCAACCAAAUAAUUCACCAAAAAAAUGAAGCCAUUCUUUUGAGCUCCCUGUCUUCCCUAUUCUACUCUCCAAAUAUCUCAACAUCACCCCCGACUCUUUUCCCCACUUUCACAGGAAGAGACAGCCUUUCUUUGCAAACACCAAUUUUUGUGCCCUUGAAUCCUAUCUUCCAUCUCCAUGAAUUCCUUUAAUCAUUCUCUCUCUUUACCCAAUUUUUAUUCUCUUUCCUACUGUUUUCUUCUUUCUUAUUGUUACUUUCGUACUACUUGAAAACAUGUCCAGAUCUCUUUCUUUCUUAAGGGGAGAAAAGCCCAAAACUUUCAUCUGAUCCUACUGUCCUUUCAAACUACUAUACUUUAUCCUCCUUUUCAAAGACAAAUUCCUACUAGGUUGUCUAUAGUUAUUACCUCCUUUCCUCUUUCUCAUCUCAUUUUUUAAACUCAUUGCAAUCUUGCUUCCAAUAUUGUCUCUUCUUUAAAUCUUUAUGAUCUUUUAUUGUAGGCUUCUUGGCCUCUACAGUAUUUGCCGUCUGCUUAUGGACAUUUUUUUUCUUUGCUGGGUUUUCAUGAUAUUCCAUUAUUCCUGGUUUUCCUACUUGUCUGCUUCUUAAUCUGCUUUGCUUUAUUAUUAUCUUUCACUCCCUGGACAUGGUUUAUGCCAGGGCUUCCUCAUGAUUCCUUUUAUCUUCACUCACCACAUUUUGCUCUUUGAGAUCUCACUAGCUCUGAUGGCUGAAACAAUCUAUGCAGACAACUUCCAAGUUAAUAAUACUCAAAUCUAGUAUCCCCUGAAUGCCAGUCCCACAUCACCAAUUGCCUAGUGGACAUUUUGAACUGGUUAUCUGAUUGGCACCUCAAACUUAACAUGCCUAGGUAGAACUCACUACCUGUCUGCUGUACAACACCCCUUUCCCACCAAACCUCUAUCUUCCAAACCCUCCAUGUUGUCCAGAGUACCAGUAUCCUUCCUGUCAUCCAGGUUUUCAACCUUAGAUUCACCCUUGAUUUUCCAUUCUUCCUCAUCCCCCAAUCCGAGUCAGUUGAGAAAUCUUGUUAUCUCUAUCACCAUAACAUCUCUUAUCUCACGUUUCCUUUCUCACUCACAUGGCUGCUAUCCUAGUUCAUAUCCUAACUACCUCUAGUCUAAACUAUUAGAAUAGCAUCCUAAUUGAUUUUCUAUCAUCUCCCAUCUACCCUAUAUCCAGCCACCAAAGGAACAUUCCUAAAGCACAGGUCUGACUGUGUUUCUUCAUGAAGCUCUAGCAGCAGCUUCUUGUGUCUAGGAUUAGGUAUAAGGUAUCUGCCUUUAAGGUCUUUCCCAGUCUGACUCCAUACCUGUUUUUCCAACUUUUCCUUCAGGUACUUUGCCAAACUGGACUACUUUCUUGUACGUUACAUACAUUAUUUUCAGGCUUUUGAACAGGCUGCCUCCCAUGCCCGGAAGCAAUACUCCAGAAGUGUUCAGACUGUGGCAGAGCACUAUAGGACUCAUCACCUUCUUACUCAUAGAAGCUGCCUCUUUUAACACAACACCAAACUGCAUUAGAGUCACACUGCCUCUGGCAAAGUUAGGCUUCAGCUAUGAUCUGGACAACAGCUAGAGUGUUUGCUUUCAGAGAACAGCCUAGCUAUUUGGUGAAGAAUUGUUUGGCUUUGCUAUUUAUGAAGCAAAAAUACAAAUGGCUCUCAUAUAUGUGUACCUCCUCCUGCUUUUGCAGUGUUAGGUGGCAACAUGUUUUUUUAACCAUCUACUAACAUUAACUUUGCUACUAUUGAUCUAAAGGUGAGGUCCUUUUCCAGUUAGAAAUAAGUGGACGUACCACAAAAGGAUGGUGACUCGUUAAUCUUGAUAUUCUUAAUGUAAAUGAAACCAACAAAGAAGUUGCAUCUAGAUGAAAGGAUGCCUCACAGGAACUUGAAGAAGAAGCAAGUAAAGAAGAUAGUGACUUGUUUCAUUCUGCAUGUUUGCAAGAAAAUUUCAUGGGAUGGAUGCUUGGUCAUUUUGUACAGCAUUGCUAAUAAUAAGCAUUCAAACAGAUUGUUAUAGAAGAAAAUCUCAGCUUGUGUGUUUAUAAAUUGCUGAGGAUGAGAAGACAUUUGAAUAAUUUAA